AUGAAGCAGAUACUGGUUGCUCUACAACAACCAAUCCCGACAGCUGAACUGUCAUUCACUGCUGAUGACUGUGACCAGCUAAAUCAGGCACACGAGGCUAAUGUCAUUAUGGCCCCAACUAAAGCUGAAGCUCCUAUAGCUGAAGCUGAAGCUGUUGUUAUUGAUGACUCUCCGACUUCCUAUGAAGUUCUCGUAGCUGAGGAUGUUGAUGCCGCCCGAGCUGAAGCUCGUGACGGUGAUCCUCCAGUCACCUCUGCAGCUGAUACUGGUGAUCUAGAUAACGAUGAAGAAGACGGUGAGUCCCUCGAACUUCGUGAUGCUGGCAAAGACCUGGACGAUAAUGACGAUGAAGACAACGAUGAUGACGACUUCAUGAUUUAG